AUGGCUCUCUCGUCCCGACAGGAUUUUGUGACGUCUCGUCAACACACAAUCUCCUACGUCCAUGUCGCACCGACCCACGCGCUACCGACUCUCCUCUUUCUGCACGGCUUCCCUUCGCAUAUCCCUGAUUGGAAGCAUCAAAUCCAGCAUUUUGCGUCGCUCGGCUACGGGAUCCUUGCGGUGGACUUGUUGGGGUAUGGUAGCAGCAGCAAGCCGACCGACGUGGACAGCUACCGCCUCCGGCCCAUGGGUGAUGGAAUCGUUGAGCUCCUCGACCACCUCGAAUUGACGCAGGUUGUUGGCGUCGGCCACGAUGUAGGGUCGACUUUGCUUUCGCGCAUGGCCGCAUACCAUCCCGAGAGAUGGACGGCACUCGUCUUCCUCGCCGUCGGCCCGCCCAAGCUCGGCACGCCAUUCAACGUCGACGCCAUCAACACCAUGACGAAGCAGGCGAUGGGUUUUGAGCUCCUCGGGUACAUCCCAUGGCUCGGCGGUGCUGACACCGAUGCCCAAGCGACGCUGGAGGAGAACCCUCGCGCGGCCAUGAGCCUCAUGUUCGCCGCCGACAAGGCGUCCUGGGUCGAGUGGUUCCACCCUCUACAUCGGAUGGAGCAAUUCGUCACCAAAGACAAACGGGUGCCCAUCGGGGAAUGGUACACCGAGGACCUCCAACGGCUCCAUCUCGCGGCGUUUGGCCAAGGAGGCGGCUACACGGGCGCAACGCGGUGGUACCGCAUGUGGCUCGAGAACCGAUUCGCGCCCGAGGAAGUUGGGUACGAGGAUGCAAAGAUUGCGCAGCCGGUGCUGUUUGUGGUACCCAGGGAGCCUGAGACCGGCGCAGACCAGCAGACGCAGAUGCUGGCCGCCUGGGCAGCGGAUUUGACGGUCGUCAAGGUGGACUCGGGGCAUUGGGUGCACUUGGAGCGGCCCGAGGAGACGAACGAGGCGAUUGAGCACUUCUUGACGAAGCUGUGA